GUUCAACUUGCAACCUGCCUCGGUGCCUCCCCUGAACCUAGACCGUUUUGUAAACAAAUUAUGGACAGUCGGAUAGUUUUGUCUUUUUUUCUAUUUUAACGGAAAAUCUUCUUUUUUAUUCUUUCCAGGCGAGAAAGUGAGAGAGGAAAGAAAAGCCUGGAGAGAGAGAGAUAGAAGAGGGAAGCUUGUGUUUACAAUGUCAUCUAAGAAUGGUGUCGAAGUGGAAGGAAAGAAUGUGCAGAAUGACAAGCAGCCGGAAGAUGAGGGCUACCCCGAGAUCCCGUUUUCGUACGAGUGCCUUGACUGCGACACGUCAUUCGAUGACAACAUCCAGCUCAUGUCGCACGUUUGCACUGCAGAGGUGAAGAAGACGGACAAGAAGAGCCGCUACCCGUGCAAGUACUGCGACUACACGUUUCCGGUGCCUAGCAAGCUGAAGCGGCACAUGAAGACGCACGUCGAGAAGAAAGGCUUCGCCUGCGACAAGUGCGAUUACUCAACCGGACGCGAGUCCAGCCUUCAGAGUCACUCGCAGUCGCAUUCGAACGGCUGCUCCGUCUGCGGUGAUGGAUUCCCUACUCCGAACAAGCUCAAGGCGCACAUGAAGACGCACGGCGAGAAGCCUUACACGUGCGACUACUGCAGCUACGCCUGCGACCAGGCCGGCAAGCUCAAGGUGCACAUGCGGACGCACACGGGCGAACGGCCGUACCCGUGCCCAAAUUGCAGCCACGCCUUCUCAAAGGCAUGGAACCUCAAGGUGCACAUGAAAACGCAUAUGCGUGACCUAGCAUGCAAAAAGUGUGACUAUAACGCUUCCAACGUUCAAGACCUGAGGGUGCAUGCAAUGGCGCACGUCGGCAACCAGGUGAAAGUGCACAACUGCACCAUGUGCGCCUACUCGUCCAACCAAAUUUAUAAACUCAAACGUCAUAUGAAAACCCAUAUUUAAAUAAAUAUGCCACAAUUUCAGCGCCUCCCAUAUUAUUUAAAUAUCACAUAUAUAUAUUUACAAAAAAGGAAAAAAAAAACUUUAAAAACCCUAAAAAAUAAUUAGUGAUCGUGUCUGUGAUAAACUUAUGAUUACAGGACAUCUUUUACCCACUUUCUUAAUUUAAAUGUUAUGUAUAACCAAUCAAUGUCAUGUGAUAAUGUAAAUAAAAUAAUUUCUUAUUUUUUAUAUA